UGUUGUAAUACUAGAAAUUGCUUUUGGCAGACAGUAGAACAGCAUCCUCAGACCUUCCUUGCCUUGGAGUAUUAAAAAAAUUUAACACUGAGACAGGAGUGCAAGGAAGCAGUGCACUUUAUUAGAGAAGUGUGGACACAGACACCUUGAUAGAACAAGGUGGGCUGCUCAGGAGAGACCACUGCGAAGAUGAGGGUGGCUCCUAUUAGGAAGAGCAAAAAUGUUUAUUCAUAUGUUUCAAGGUCAUCUAGCAUAAAUAAGAGGGUUUCAGUUAGCACAUUGCAAUUGGAUUACAUGAAUAUAUGUAUGUUGCAAUGGCAUCUUAUGUAUCAUUAGCAUAUAAAUAACCCACAGAGGGAAAUCUAUUACAAUGAGGAAAAAGCAACCAUUGGACACCAAAUUUUCCUUAAUCGCAUGUGUCACAAGUUGUGUCCUGGUCCAGUGAUUGCCUCUGCAAGGGAUCUCUACACCGACUAUGUGGUGGCUAUAAAACCUGUUGAAACAAUAGGUUGACAUGAAAAAGGACGUAUUGGGAGCCUUAUGGAGCCAGUGGUCUGAGUCACAAGGCACUUUGUCAGGACUUAGGUCUAUGGGGUGGGACUGGUCUCUACAUUUUUUCUCUACCUAUCUCAAAAUCUCAACUCUCCACUAGACCCUUCCAUACCUGGGGCUAUUUUUCUGGAGUUACAGGAAAGGGGAGUCCUCUCAUCUACUAGUUACCACAAAGUGGAGGCAGCACCACUUCUCAGCCCCGCCUUGUCCUUACCCCCAGGUGGCCCCAAAUCCCCUCUGAAAAGGUGCAGGUUCAGGUAUCAUGAUGGCAACAUAUAAGACAGGGUGAGGUGGAGAGGGUAUGGAAGGCUUAGAUCAAGUGUCCUGAAUGAAACAGGACCAGAUUGUCCCCAACACAAAGCAGCUAGCUAGUGGCUACCAUAGACCCAUUUGGGAUUGGACCAGCCACUCGCAGGAACUCAGACUGUCCCCGGCCUUUGGAUUAUUGGAUUAGUCAUGGCAAUGAAGAGAAGAAGACAUAGAACACGGGACUGGGCCUGGCAGGGAGUCUGGAGUUUCCGGUUUCUAAAUUCAGGAAGGCGUGAGCGAGGGGAGGGGCCUCCGUGGAGGGGGAAGGUGGGAAACGGGGGCAGGGCUGCAGUCAGCUAUGCAAGGCAAUGCAGGCAGAGGCCACACAGAACAGGAGGAUCCCAACAGCCUCCUGAAACAGGAGGGUGGACACAUCAGCUUUCACCACCUAAGAAGACACCAUCCUGCUCCAAAGAUUGUAAUUCCCAUUUGUCAUUCUGAGGCCUCUGCUUAUCCUGUAGCCCAAGGAUGGAGCCACUACUAGGAGUAAAAAUUGGCUGUCUGUUUGCCCUGCUGGCUCUUACUCUGGUCUGUGGCCUUAUUCCCAUCCGCUUCAGAUGGUUCCAGAUUAAUGCAGCCACAUCAGGUCGUCAUCGCUUGGUCCUCAGCCUCCUAGGCUGCAUUUCUGCCGGGGUUUUCCUGGGGGCAGGGUUCAUGCACAUGACCGCUGAAGCCCUGGAGAGCAUUGAAAACGAGAUUCAGAAGUUCAUGAUUCAGAACAGGACAGAAAGUGAGGGAAAAGCUUCUGAUGGUACUGACUCAGCUCGUGUGGAAUAUCCCUAUGGAGAGCUCAUCAUCUCCCUGGGCUUCUUUUUCAUCUUCCUUUUGGAGUCAUUGGCCCUACAGUGCUGGCCUGGGGCUGCUGGAGCAUCCACAGCAUCGCAGGAGGAACUGGGUGGGUCUCAAGGCUUGGGACUCCACAGCCAUGGACCUCUACCCUCAUCGUCACGGGGUCCCCUUCGUGCCCUCAUCCUCUUGCUUUCACUCUCCUUUCACUCAGUGUUUGAAGGUCUAGCUGUGGGGCUGCAAACAACAGUGACAGCUACUGUGCAGCUCUGUCUUGCUGUCCUGGCUCACAAGGGCGUUGUUGUGUUCAGUGUAGGACUAAGGCUGAUGCAGGUAGGCACUAGAUCACAAUGGGCCGUGUUCUCCAUACUGUUAUUAGCUCUCAUGUCCCCUGUGGGCCUAGCCCUAGGGCUGGCAGUGGCUGGAGGAGGCUCAGAAGGGGGACAAGGUUUAACCCAGGCUGUAUUAGAAGGUGCAGCAGCUGGCACCUUCCUGUAUGUCACCUUCCUAGAAAUUCUGCCCCGGGAACUAGCUGCUCCUGAGGCCCCUCUGGCCAAGUGGGGCUGUGUAGCCAGUGGUUUUGCCUUCAUGGCCUUCAUUGCCUUGUGGGCCUGAGAGAUUCCUGACUUUUCUGAUGGAUCUAUCUAAGAGGACUUCCCUCCCCUCAGGAGAUACCUCCCAAAUGCCUUUGACCCUCAGGCCUUUCUUCACUGAGACUAAGGGACAGACCCUAGGCAUUAUCCCUAUGAACUGGACUCCAGCUCUUCCCACUGUGAGAUCCCAUUUCCAUCUGUGGCAGUGGAAAGAAUGUUUAGGUUGAGUGCUUAGAAACUGAUAAUUGAUAUAAAGACUAUCAUUCCAGAUUUGACUCUAUUACUGUUAAUGCUACUGUGGAUAAUAAAAUAUCCAUUUUGCCCUU